CGACACAGAGGUGCGCGUUCACAUAGCGGAGCGCUUCCUCCUGCCGAGCUCGUGCCCGCCACACAAGAACGAUAGAAAAUGGCGAGUCAGUGUAAAAGCCAGCAAUGCACAAUCGACAGGCGCGGCUUUCGGCAGGAACUUGAUUCUUGGCGACACAAACUCGUUCACUGUGUAGGUUUCGAGAGCAUCCUCGAAGGUCUGUUUGGUCCAGAGCUGAUAGACGACCCAACAUUAUUUAAGGACUUUGAGCCGACAGCAGUCUCUGACUGGUCAUUUGAUGAGAAUUGUCUUUUCUGUUGUUUGCGACGAGAUAAAGUGAAGGAACACCUAAUUGGCUUAAGCAACAAGGAGCUUGAGGAUUCACCCAAACCUCUACUUGUUAAAGAUCCGACCGCAAUAAGCAGACUAGAAAAACAAGCUGAGGAAUUUCUCAAUGCGGUCCUCAGCAGAAAAGAUGUGCCAAAUUUCUCUGACCCACACAUCCCAGUAGUGGCUCGCGAGAUCCUUCAGAGAAUGAUCCGACAGUUUGCUGCCGAAUAUACCUCAAAAACCAGCUCCCCUCAGGACAGUGGCUCCGAUUCCCAGCCUUGCUUUGACCAAAGCCUGCCGACCCCGUCCCUGCUCUCGGGGGCAGAUCCGUCUACCAGCCCCGCUGCCCCCCCCCUGGCUGCGCCUGCUCACAACCAGAACCCUGUCCUCAGCAAGCUCCUCAUGGCCGACCAGGAUGCUCCUCUUGACCUCACCAUCAAGAGGCCGCCGGCUGUGCCGCGUGACCAAGAUGGAGUUCUUGACUUAUCUAUCAAAAAGAGUCGCUGUAGCAGCACCAGCAGCUUGCCUGUCCGUAGUCCCUGCCUGUCUCCGGCCACAUCCACGCUCAAAGGUGAGCCUCAUGACACGCCCAUUGCUAAGGCAAGAGACCUGCAGUCCGCCUCCUCGCUGGAACAAUUCAUGGCCAAGCUCUGUCCCCACCAUCAGAGACAAAUGGUAGACGCCAUAGGCUUCCUGCAGACGGAGGUCAAAGCGCUGGCGUCUUCCAAGACGCAGGAAGCCUCUAACCUCACCACUGGAAUCCAGGUAACCGCCUGUUCUACUGCAAAGGCCAGCGCUGUCGACGCUGAGAGUUCAUGCGCCGAGCGACGGUUUCCCAGCUCAUCAACGCCCAAGUCAGAAGUCCAGAGGACGUCCCAUCCCAGCCAAAGCAGCUGUGCAAUGAAACAAGUUCCAGAGGACGCCGUUUCGCUAAAAACAUCUGCUGGCCCCGUUUUGGAUCUCCGCAGCCCCGGGUCAGGGAGUCGCCGCGCUGUGGUCAAUCCCACCGCCACAGAGGCAGAGAGCAACUGUGGUGGUGAUCACGCCCCUCUUAAGAUGAAAAUCAUGACCAGCAACGUUGCUGCUGGCAAGAAGCUGUCGUGUGUGCUCAACACCUCUCUUUCGUCUCACUCGGACCCCUUGGAGGACAGGCAGGGUAACUCAAAUCCGUCCCACAGGACAGAGACUCACAGUGCCAGACUCAGCUCCUCUGCGAAGCGGCACAGUCAGACUAGUCACGCGCAUCAAGCAAGGCCGAGAGAAACUCUGGGGUCCGCCAAAGACAAACCAGCGAACCUGUUCUCCGUCCACAUGACCAUUCCUUCAGACUCUCCGCGAACUGCAAGGAAGACCAUCAAGUCGUCUUCUGAUCAUCGGAUCAGGGACUCUGCCUGUAGGGCAAUAGCUGACCCGGAUCUCGGCAACUGUGAUAUCGUUUUUAUUGACAAACCAAUUACAGAGUGUUUUAAGGAAAAGCGGCGCGGCAUGCAGCCACGCCGCAACGCCCGGAAGAGCACCAGAGGACAUAUGUAUUCAGAUGAAAUCUGGGAGUUAAAAACUGUCCGCACAUUGGCAGGGAGGGGCAAAUGUCCUAAUCCAUUGCCCAAGCUCAUCACAUUGGUCACCCCAAAGCAAGUGCUGUCAAAGCCUGAAGGUCUGCCACCUGUAAACAUGCCUUUUGCUGGAGCCUGCAGGGAGUCAGGCAAUCAACGAAUGUCCACGGAAGAGCGCGUGAUACCAGGGACAGGAGACACUGUGGAGGUAGCAGCCAGCGACGUGGACCUUCCUGUGGAAACUAGUCAGACGGAUCAGUCUCAGAGCAAAGGGCAGUCGGCUGCAGCCUCUCCGAUAAGGCCUCAAACCGAAAACAAAGAAACAGCUUUGAACACCGAUGUGGAACAGAACACAACCGGAGAUUCAGGGAAAACUGCAGAAAGGGGAGAAAGUGUCUCUCAGGCUUCAUUUGACGCAGAAAAAGAUGACGAGCCCGAGCUUCAAGAGGACCUGCGUGAAAGUAAUGACCGAUUAGUCCCAGAAAAAGUAGUGGCACCAGUUGAAGAAGAUGAGCCCCGGCUUUCAUUAGUAGAAGUGCAGAGCAGUGAGACGGCGCUCCAUCCAAUUACAGCACCGUCACUGGUGGCUCAAGUAGAGGAAGAAAAAGAGGAAAACAAUCAUGAGCCAACGCAGGAGGUUCAACCAGAGUCACCGAGACACUGCAACAACUUUGAAGUCCCAGCUGAAGCCACCACAGGUUCAGCAGAGGAGCCAAUGGGGAGAGAGACGGAGCUGAAAACGUCUGAAGGAGUGGAGGCGGUUCUGCCUUUAGAGAACGAAGGCGAUAACGAAGACGACGUGUCGUCGAAGACGCUCGACUCGCUCUUGAAGGAAUUACCCCCUUGGCGCAGAAAAAAGGGUACUGUAGUUUCGCUGCCAAAGCGGUUAAGAAAGGCCGAAGCCGUGGUAGUGGGUUUUGUCAACGGCAGACCCAUAUCGGCCUCCGACAGAAGUCUGCGUCGUAGAUCAAGUCACAGCACCACAUCGCCAAACAAAACCCCGGUGAAAUCCAGCCGGAGUGUCCCCAACAAGAAUUCCGUCGAGUCAGCCGUUGACAACAGGAGUUCGGAGAAACAUCUACCCGAGUCAGACAGAGCUGUAAAAUCCAUUGAGAGUAGUACUGUGAUUCAGCAGGUGAACAAACCAUCGUCUUCAAUACCACCAAGCCCGAAAUCAAAAUGUCCCACCAAGAACAAACAAAGGAAAGCUCCCAGAGAACAGGACAGUUUAACUGUCCUCUCAGAUCAGCGGAAACUCCGAUCAGCCAGUCAGAGGCCAGCUGGAGCGCCUCCAUCACCUCCAAAAUCAAAUGCUGUGGUUCCAAUUUCAUCUCCACAACCCACUGCUACCGACUCUCAUCCACCCACAGAGCAACUUCACGCCCUCCCCUUUCCUACGUCGCUUCCUGACGCUUCUCCUCCAAUCAGGUCAUCUUCCCCUGCAGCUUCUGAGAAGUCCCAACAGCAAGCGGUCCCAGAGACGACUGAAUCAAACAUCGAAAAUGAUCAGCCGGUAGAGACGGCAAUUGAAGAAAUACAAAAGAACACAGUAGAACAUCAAUUGCCGGCAGAACAGCAGCUGCAGGCUGCGGAGAUUGUGGUAGAUGACGGUAGAAAUGAGCAUCCUGACCGUGAGUUAUUGAGUCCUUUAGAAAAUCAAAGUCCCUCAAAGACUGAAAUGCAAUCACCGCCUAUGCCAUUAAGAAGUAAGCGGGUUCUCCAAAAGGAAGCAGAAGCAAGUGAUGUUGCUUUGUUGCAGAAGCCAAAUGUAGCAUUUUUGGAAAGCACGUCUGCAAGUGGAGAUGAAGGCAGUUCUUUGUUAUCAGAAAAACCCAAACGAAUGCCAUUAAGAAGUGAGAGCAGUAAGGUUGAAAUGUCCCAUCAGUCCGGCACACUGUCGUCAGCCGCGAACACGAAGAAAUCCGCCCUGAGAUCUCAAAGGCCGGCUGUAGCCUCUACCAGCGCUUUCGCUCUGGAUGAGAGACCGAGUAACGUGACUUCUCCCCUCAAAAUAAUUCCAGAAAGGGUAACGAAAGCUCAGGUGAAGGCCCCCCCCGUGUCCGUGGCAACUGUGUUGCCCCACACCUCAGCCACCCCGGUCCUCCCGCCCAGAGCCGAGCCCCCAAAACCAACGAAUAAAUUCUUUCAGGCUCUGACUGGAGAAGAAAACCAACACCUCAUCACAAAUCUGAACCUUAAGUAUGACAAAAUGCAAAAAGGCUGGGUGCAGAUGGACAAAGAGGGCCAGCCGGCAGCGAAAUACAAAAACAAGGCAGACAGACAGGCAGCUAUAUGGAAGAGUAAGCGCAGGGCCCGGAAAUCCAAAUCUUCAGAAAACCAGAAAUACUCCCCGGUCCAAAUGCUCUUCAUGAAAGGUUUUAAUCUCAGCAGCAUUUGCCGUUGGUUCCUCGACACGACGGAGACAAAAUCCCUCGUCAUCGUCAAGAAAGUGAACACGCGUCUUCCGUCAGAAACCCAGCUGUGCUUCCACAGCUCAUCCAGUUCAGGGACCUCUCAGGGGGUGUUUCCCAGCCUACAGGCGGAGCGCUUAAAGAAACAUUUGAAGAAGUUUGCCAUUGCCUCUCCAGUGAAGAGCAACCCCAGGAGUCAGAAACUGAUCGCUAAAGCGCUUGAGCACGAAGCGAACUCCGAGCUGCCCAGCACCACUCAGGCCCUCCAUGCCGCCAAAGCCUGUGUGCAGAUGGUCGAGUCCCAGAAGUCCUCUGGUAAAUCAAAGAAUCCCGCCAGCGCCAGAAUCCUGAGGAAAUACUCCAACAUCCGAGAGAAGAUGCAGGUUCAGCAGACCAACGUUCGACUCAAAGAGGCCUCAAAAAGUUCAAACAGCGACGGCAUGAAACGACUGGCCACCAAAAAGUCAGCCGCCAAGUCAAAUCUGAGACCGCCGCUGAAGGCCAAAAAAUCCCCCGUGCCUGUCGGUAAACGAAUGCAAGCGUCUGCGGCGAAAAUGGAGAGACGGAAAACAUUGGCUGGCAAGAAAACGCCGAAGCAUCCGGCUGAACGGAGGACGAUCAGAGCGUCCAGGGACGCAGCCAGAGCGGACGAAUUACCAAAGAGAAGUUCACAGCGGCUAGGCUCGCCUAAAACGCCGGACCGCGGCCCGGCGGACGCCUCCAAGGGCAAAGCCGACAACAAAAAGCCAACCGAGGCGGAGAGGACGGAGGUCGAGAAGCCCGCCCCGAACAAGGCGACCGCCGCCAAAGUCCAAGCGAAGGAAUCGCCGCAAAGUAACCCCCCCGAGGCGAAAGGGCCCGAGGGCGCCGAAAGUCUGCAGCAGAGCGGCGCGCUCAAGUCCCCGACGCCGGCGGAUCAGGUGCUCACCAGAUCCCAGAGGAAAAUUAAUGUGGCUUCGAAGCGGCCCGCGAAGACUCAGGGCCCGUCUACAAAAAGGGUCCGGAGGAGCGAGGAGUCCGCGAUGACCAGGCGGGGCACCGCCGGCGUCAGGAGGAGGCCCGCGGCCUCGGCGCCACGCGCCGCCACCAAGAGGGCCCGGGAGCGCUCGCAGACGCCGGCCAAGCGCACCAGGACAUCGCUCUCAAAAUGAAACGCACAUUCAGAGAGAAAGAGAGAACCUGGAAUGGGAGGAUUUAGUCUGAAUCUGUUCAGAGGGACUCGAUGUAUCUGUUUUCUACCCUCGCCGAACUCUUCAGAGGGCUUUUCAGUGACUAACAUGUGAAGCAGGAUCCUAGUUUUGAAAAGUCAUUUCUGCUUUUGUAAAGCUUCCGUGUGAAAAUAGAAAUGCGCUGGAGUCCACUGUGACCUCAGCAGGUGUUCCAGUGUCGGCACUCUGCGACCCGGCUGGAGAUGAUGGCCCAACAAACCUCAUUUUAGAAGUCGGAAAAUAGCAUUAUAUCCAUGACAUUAAAUUCACUCACCAUUCUGUUUUCUCACUUUUUUAGAUUCAGUGCAUUAACUGUUCACAGAGCUUGCUAUGAGAAGGGAAAUGAGCUUUUCAAUACAUACAAUUUUGACUUAUAGAAGUGGGGGGUUUGUAUCUCCAGCCUGUCUUCCAAUGACACGUGUGAAUAUGUGACUAUUGUGACCUGGUGCCUUAUUUAUGAAUUGUAAAAUAACGGAAUGUGUUGCUAAAUGUGAAUUCUCCUGUCCACAACAAGCUUUCAAUUUCUGGAGAGGUAGUGAACCAUACCUCUUAAAGUAAGUGCGUGCGUGCGUGCGUAAAUAUGCCUCGAGCGUCACCGUUAAAUUCUUAUCUCUAUUGAGGCAGUCGAACUGCUUCCUGAUUUGGCUUUAUUUUCGUAUUCUCGUUUUACCAGAGCAUUGACGUGUUUUUGUUCUUACUGUCGUAGUAUUAAAUGUACAUGCAGCCCUGUGUGAUCUGUACGUGUCAUGACACAUGUUCAUUUUUUUUUCUUUUAUGUUCAUCACUGUGUACCUUUUUCCAGUCUAGCAGCGACUUCACAUUGAGUAUUUUUACCUGCUCCUGCACGUGUUAAGUCUUGUUGAUCUGGAGACAAUUUUAGCUGCUCUUGCAUUUAGAGUUGUUGCCUUUCUACAAGUGAAACCCCCCCGAACUAUAUUUAUGUAUCUGAGAAAAUACUAACAUGAGCAUUGCUUUCCCAUCCAAAUGUUAAACUGAAAUAUGUCUGAGAUACCGCUUGUAUCCUGUAGCAACAAUAUUUCAUAACCGCGAAGGCCCUGAAGAAUGUUUAUAUUUAGUUUGUUAAUUUGAAGUUAAUGGUCACUUGAGCAUUAAUAGCAGAUCAGUGACUCAUUUCUUCCCAACUCAUACACAAGCUGGAUGUGAUAUUUUUGGGGUUGUCUAGUCCCACUUCUGAGUUGCAGUUUUAUGUCUUUUUUUAUUAUUGUCACACAGAUGUUCUCAUAUUGUGACGUUUUGUAACUUCCAGGAGUAACUUGCAUUAAUGUAUUGUCAGUUUGUCAUUUUUAGCACAGUGUUAUUUUUUUAUUAGGUUCAUUUCUCUUAGAGGUCAAAUCAGCUGUAAAUGCAAAACAUGACUGUCAUGUUUUUAUUGUUAUUUAAGAACUCCAUGUCGGCAAACGGAAACUAAACCAGCCCACCAAAUCAAACUUGAACAUGUUUAUUCUUUGCAGUUGCUAUUUAAAGAUUUUGGUUUGUAUAUUAGAAAGAAAUAACUGCUUUCUUUGUGUUAAUCCCAGUAAUGAAACAUCUUUACGUUAAGAACUUUGUAUUUUUGCUGGAAUUGAUAUAAAGUUGUUGAAAUUUUA